AUGGAGAAAAUAUUUUUGGCAUUUAUUGAUUAUGCAAAUAUUUUCCUACAAAUGAUUGUAAUGAUGAUUGAAAAUAUUGCAAUUGUUGGUACAUUCCCAGAUUCUUGGCAUAUUUCUCAGAUACAUUCUCAGAUUCUUGGCAUUCAAACACAUUCCCAGAUUCUUGGCAUAUUUCUCAGAUACAUUCCCAGAUUCUUGGCAUAUUUCUCAGAUACAUUCUCAGAUUCUUGGCAUAUUUCUCAGAUACAUUCUCAGAUUCUUGGCAUUCAAACACAUUCUCAGAUUCUUGACAUAUUUCUCCGAUACAUUCUCAGAUUCUUGGCAUAUUUCUCAGAUACAUUCUCAGAUUCUUGA